UAGCCUCCUCAAGACGAACUACAGUCAGCCGGAUUCCCGGACUGUGCAUAACGGUUUGUGGGGUCUUUCCUGUGAGCUCAGAUUAUGCAAAUCGAAUUAGUGCACUGCUGAAUUUCGUGCUCGGGAGCUCAGCAAAGUUAGAGAUGGCGAUGGCCACUCUCAGAGUCCAGAGUGGUGGAUUUUCCAGCGUCCUGUCAUCGUCCUCUGUGCGCUUGUUGCGCUCCCAAUGUGUUCGCCGAGUGGCAGUACAGCAGCUUCGAAUUCAUGCUCGAACUGAGUUCUCGAUUGAAUCUCCUUAUGGUCCCCAGGUUGCUGAUGCUGUGAAGGCUUUGAGGCCUGAGUUUGAGGACGUCGACACAUUGGUAGCAGUGAAUCUGAAUCGUGUCAUUAAAGCGUACGCCAAUGCCCGAGUCGGAUCGCAUCAUUUCUCCGGGACAACAGGUUACGGUCACAAUGAUGCUGGUGGUCGUGAAGCAUUGGAUCAAGCAUUUGCAGAAAUUGUCGGUGCCGAGGCUGCAAUUGUGCGCUCGCAAUUCUUUUCAGGCACACACGCAAUUGCUUGUGCACUCUAUGCUGCCCUACGUCCCGGUGGUGAGCUGCUGGCAGUGGCAGGAGCCCCUUAUGACACUUUGGAAGAAGUAAUAGGUCUGCGCGGAUCAGCAGGGGAGGGAUCCCUGAAGGAAUUUGGAGUGUCUUAUCGAGAAGUACCACUUGCAGAAGAUGGUGGUUUAGAUUGGCAUAAGCUGAGCCAAGCAGUAAAGCCGGAAACUCAGUGUGCCCUUAUUCAGCGUUCUUGUGGCUAUUCAUGGCGUAAGACUUUGACCGUGGCAGAAAUUCAGCGUGCAAUUGAGUUGAUCAAAGCUCAAAAUCCGGAUUGUGUUAUAGUGGUCGACAACUGCUAUGGAGAAUUCGUCGAAGCCAUUGAGCCCACGGCAGUGGGAGCGGAUUUAAUGGCUGGAAGUCUUAUAAAGAACCCCGGAGGGACGAUUGCUCCAUGCGGAGGUUACGUAGCCGGGAAGUCUAAGUGGGUCCAAGCAGCUGCAGCACGAUUAUGUGCUCCUGGAAUUGGGAUGUCUGCUGGAUCCACACCAGGGGAUGUCAUGAGGCUUCUAUUCCAGGGUUUGUUUUUGGCACCACAAAUGGUUGGCGAAUCAAUCAAGGGUACUUUGCUUGUAGCGGAGGUUAUGGCAGCAGAAGGAUUCGAUUGCCGACCAGCUCCGCGCGUGAGGCGCAAUGAUAUCAUACAGGCAGUACAGCUGGGCAGCAGAGAUCGAUUGUUAGCGUUUUGUAGAGCGGUUCAAAAGAAUUGUCCUGUAGGAUCCUACAUUCAACCUGUAGCUGGUGCAACGGCCGGAUAUGAAUCAGAGGUUGUUUUUGCAGAUGGUACUUUCAUUGAUGGAAGCACAAGUGAGGUCUCAUGUGAUGGUCCUUUGAGGGAACCGUUUGUUGUAUUCUGUCAGGGUGGCACUCAUUGGACACAUUGGGCACUAGCUCUUGAAGGUGUGGUUCAGGCUUUGAGGCAGCUGAAAUAGACUUCGAAACCUCUUAGAUAGCUCCACAAGUUUGAUCUCAAAGCUCAGUCGAAUAUUCAGACGCAUCCAGUAACAUACAACAAACAGUUCAGAUUUCUCGUACAUAUUUACCGCAACGCUCAGAUAGGGCCGAUGUACGGUCUUCAGGCUAUGACAGGGAAACAUUAGGGAGGAUUUACGGUUUACGGUUUGAUUUGCCUCUCCUUUGAGUAUUAUCUUGAGAAUCCUUCUGCAAACGAAGCGUUUGGAGUUGGGGCACUGGGAAAAGUACUCCCAAAUGCUACUUUCCAUUCUCAGUAUGUCUCUUGUAAACUUCGUGAAGUAUGUCUACACGAAGAUCAUCAGGCCUUUGAUAGGAAGAGGAAAUUGUAGAUCAGUGAACUGUAACCUGCUGGUUACAAUAUCGUGGGAGUAUCUUCAACGUAAAAAUGUUCAGAAUUUCCUCAACAAAAUUUCAUCCGCUUACAAUUUGAGGUGC